CGCGAUGAUAUCCCCAGAUUCUGAAUAAUUUGUCGCAUCUCAACGCCGCUUCGCACCCUUAUGAGACAAUCGACAGCGGGCGGUCAUCAAAUAUGGCAAUUCGAGAAGAUAUCGUAGCGUCUGCCGUUACAUUUCUCCAAGACCCAAGUGUUGCCGGAUCGCCGAUCGAAAAUCGAAUAGCAUUUCUACAGUCCAAGAAUCUUACUCAAGAAGAGGUUGACACAGCUCUGGCCAGAGCCAGCGGCGAAACUGCUCCAGCGAAUUAUUCCAACUAUGCACCUCAACAACAGGUAGCACGACCACCACAGCCAGGCUAUGGCGGAUACCAACAAUACCCAUGGCAGCAACCACCUCCUCCAGAAUUACCAAAGAGGGACUGGAGAGAUUGGUUCAUCAUGGCAACCGUGAUGGGAGGAAUGGGAUAUGGUCUGUACUUUGUUGCAAAGCGAUAUGUGUACCCAAUGAUAGCGCCACCGACGACUCCACAAUUGGAACAAGAUAAAAAAGACAUCGACGACUCGUUCGAGAAAGCAUUUGCACUUUUGGACCAAUUGAGCAAAGAUACUGAAGCUCUGAAGUCAUCCGAACAAGCUAGAACGGAACGCUUGGAUGCCGCGUUAUCAGAAGUUGAGAGUGUCAUCAGUGAUCUAAAGACUGCCAGUCGCAGACGAGAAGAGGAGUCUCGACGAAUAAGUGACGAGGUCCGUGGAUUGAAGGACUUGAUCCCGAAAGCUAUGGAGGGACAGAAAGAAAGUACAGAUACCAGGUUACGAGAGCUCAAUACUGAACUGAAGAGUCUGAAGACCCUAAUGGGACAAAGAAUGAACCCUGCAACUUCAUCGAGUACUAGUCCAUAUACUCGAGGACCAACCAUAGGUUCGACCCCCACAAAUGGUAGCAGUGCCAACACAAAUGGGUCUUCUGGUACAGAUGGAGUCACUCCGAAACCAGCAUCAGUGAGCAAUGGAGCCGGAACCGAAUCUGUAGCUUCCCUGCAAGGACGCAGCUCAAGUCCUUUCAGCACAGGCAUGCCAGCUAGUAAAGCUGCAAUCCCAUCCUGGCAGCUUGCAUCAGGACACAAGAGCACGAGCUCUACUGGCACAGGAAGUGGCUCACCAGAAGCUACUGGAUCAGCCUAAAGGAAGUGGGAUUUAUCUUGGACACGGAUGUAUUUGCAUUGGUGGCGUUCUGUGGCUAUCUAGGUGUCAGUGAUGACAAGGGAAAAUAAUUGUAUUAUGCUUCGAAAACAAAUGGAUUCAACGUGAACAAGCU